GUGGCUGCGCGCUAUGGUCAGCUGGCCCACGAAGGCACCCAGGUUCUUUCAAGAGCGACUGGCGGUAGGCGAAGGUCUCGUCGCCGGCGGCGUCGACGAAGCUGAGCAUGGACGAGAUGACUCUGUGUGUGGAAGAUGACCCGAUCCAUGAGCUUCGGGUGGGCCUGGUAGCCGUCGCCGCCCGUGGUGAGCUUGUCGCAGGGCGUGCAGGUGGGUCUCCUUGGAGGCGCGCUUGCUGACGAUGUAGAAGUCCAGCAGUGGGUACUGUACAGAUCGUCGGUGAUUACAGCAGAGGCAAAACGCGCCUGAGAUAUCUGCGAUCGAUCGAUCGACCGACACACAGAGAUCUCGAUGGAUGCCUUCCUUCUCCAUUCAUUUGUGUGUGUGUUGUGGGGCCAGCCACUGUCUGUCUGUGUGACCUACCUUCUGCUCGACAUUGGCUAUGGUGACGGUGUUGAAUAUCUGCACGAACUGGUCGCUGAUGGGCGGUGGGGGCCCGAUGAUCUCCCGCAUCAACUCCUGCUCAUGCAUCAGCAUCUCCACGUUGCCAAGACCGGACCCUCCCAUCGCACCAGCCGCCUGCUGCGCUUGGCUGCUGAGCCGUACCCGCACCGGGCAUCAAACCGCCGGGACGUUUGGGGCGGGACUUUUUGGCAGACUGCAAAAGCCCUCCCAGCCCUGCCUGCCACGCAGGGCCCUGUGGGUGCCGGGGGCAUGCCGCUGACCCUAUCACCGCUGGGCCCUGCGAUAGAUACCUCAGGCACCGCACCUGACAUACACACAUACAGACGAGAGGAGCAGACAUGAAUGAAGGCUCGCCCGUUGUGUUUGUGUGUGUCUCCUGUGUGUGUACCUUGUCCAAUCACGGCGGUCCCUGCGACCCCUGUCCAUCGAGGGGUCGGCCAGCUGCCCUCCCACACCAUACGCGAAGGCCUGGGUGCCACCCAUAUCGGGCUGAGGGCCGCCACCAGCGACGGGAGGCGCCGCUCCCUCGCCCGGUACAGCAGCGCGUUGCUGGGCCUUUUCUUUGCUGGUCUCGUCGAUGAGGUAGCUGACGUAGUGCGUGUGCGUCCCUGGGUGCGAUGACGAGCUCGCGCAGGUGGCCUGGGAAGAUGCUGAAGAGCGAGCUGAUGAAGUGGGAGUACUGGCCGGAGACCUCCUGGAUGUAGCCGAUGGGCAUGAGGGUUAUCUGGCCGCUGGGGUCCUUGCCCACAGGCGUGUGCACCACAGCGAGCCGGAACACUGAGAGAUCGCAAUAAACAGAGACACACACAUCCCCACCUUAAGAGUGCGAGUGACACAGGCACGGGCCGGUCAGUGAGUGCAUUGUGUUGCUCACCCUUUCGAGCGCCACGAUGCCAAAGGCGAAGAUGCGUUGAUUGGGCGACUUCUUGAGCGCCUCGAGCACCGUGCGGACGUCAGGCAGCACCGAAUACCGUGGCGGUAUUCUUGAGCUCGUGGGUCGGAUACUUGGGGAAGUACUUGCUCCCCUGGAUCAGCACGCAAACACAUGGCUACCCAUCUCCCGCUGGCUGGUGCCGGAAUCGCUCGUGAUCAGAUCCUUUAUCAGCCGCUCGUGAUCAGAUUCCUUCUCCAUCUCCUCGAGCGGCCCCAGCGGCACGUCAGCCGGACGCAAUCCAUGCGGGUUAGGAAGCAAGAAGGUGCUCUCACCAGUGGGCGCCGCGGCCGCCAGCUCCACGCCCUCUCCUUGCCCGCCCCGCUCGCCUGCGUCUUGCUCAGCUGCCGCGGUUUUCAUGGGUCUAUUGGACUUCUCCUGCCCAUGGCGACUGCGGCAGGCUGGUUCUCGGUCCGUUGUGGUUGGCAGCAGCGUGGGGGCUGUUGGGCGCCUCCGGCGCCUUGUCGGUCUCCCCGUUGUGCGCUGCGGCGGCCGCGGACGAGGCCGUGUGGUUGGCAGAGAGCGUAGAGAGCUCCGGGAAGCCUGAGACAGGCAGACAGACAGACAGACGCAUGAAUGAGAAGCCCGACUCUGUCUUUCCCUCUGUCUGUCUGUCUGUCUGUGUGUAUGCGUACCUGGAUGGCAGCAGCGACGAGCGAGCUGUACUCCUUGUCUUGUGUGUGGUGUCCUUGACGUCGAUGCCUGUCGAGAAGGGCUGCAGGAUCGACAUGAGCUGCCCGCUUGACGUGGUCCCGCACCUCGGUCCGGGGCAUCUUGCUCUUGAGGAAUGCCACGCAGCCCGCGAUGGCGGCGUUGACGUCAUGGCGCAGCUGAUGCGUCAGCCACUGGUUGAGGUUGAGGUUCUCACACUGGACGAGCCCGUCGCUUAAACAGGAAGGGCGACGUGCUCGUCUGCAUCAGCACCGCGUUAAGGCCCACCCGCCUCUCGUCGAGCACGUGUCGAGCAGUUUCCGCAGGACACACCCGGGGUCCCGCGCCCACAUGUUGUUGAGGAUGACCGUGAAGUGCCGGGGGAAGUCUGUCACCACCCGCCGCUGCACCGCCUUGGUGUUGCUGUGAGUCUGCGUGAAGUACUCGGGCACCAGCUGGUCCAGUAGCCACUGACCCACACACGUGAGGGUCCGCCAUGUGGGCGGCGUCGUGAGGGAUGCCAGCUAGUGCCGUGUUGAGCUCGUCGCUGUCUGCUUGCCCAGCAACGACUCGCUGAAGGCUCCUAACCCCUCCUCUCCGCCACCCUCCCCAUCACCGUCGAGCAAACCCUCCUCCUCGCCGUCAU